AGCUAUGCAAGAGCUGCAGCCGCUCCAAGCUCCAGUUCUUCGUUUGCGUUUAAACCUGCUCAACAUCAAUAAUCUCAAUUUCUUCAACAACAGCAGCAAGCGCAACAAGAGUUCCAGCAACAACAGCAACAUCAACAGCAAAAACAGCAACCGCAACAGCAGUUUCCGCAGCAGCAGAUUUCUUUCACUGGCCCUGUCUUUCAGGCACCAAACCUUUUAAGCAAUACACAUAUCAAGACAAC